AUGAGUAUUCAUCCAUUCCUCAGGAUGGAGGGAACAUCUGAAAGACCCUUGGGACAAGUUCCAAACCCAACACACACCUACCAAUGCUCAACUCGGCCCCAAACCCCACCAGGCUCAACCUCAGGAAGCCCUCGAGUGAAGAUUGAGGAAUUCACAAUACUUCCUGGACUACACAAUGUCACAUCACCUCAAGGGAACACACCCACAAGACUCCCUAGUCUAGGAGAGUUUGACCAAGGAGUAGAGGCCCUCAUUCGAGCGCAUGGUACUGCACAGACUUGCUCCCCUCAAUCUUCACUCCACCGAAUCGCCCGUAACCCAACUGCUCUUGAGCCCCUGAGAACUAUUACUCAACCUCAACCAUCGUGGUCAUUGAAAGACCGCUCAGCCGAUGACUCUGCCAGUAACUACCCUGUGUCGAGGAGGGGGACCGUCACCAGCACCAGCCAAUACCCUAUCUCUCCCGACUAUUGUCAACAAUCUAUUGCAGGCAGCUAUGGCAACACAGACACAUAUUAUGGCUAUGCUGCCAGCAGCCCUUCUAUUCAAGGUCUCCCAAGCAUGAGCUGUUACCCAAGCCCACCACCGGAUGGUGGAGAGGGCCGACAUAUCAACCAGAAGUACACGACAGAAGAGGGCGACUACAUCAUCUACGCCUGGCACGACAAGAAGAUGAAGUGGCUACGUAUCAAGCAGGAAUUUGCUGCCCGAUUCGGAAGGACCCCCGAACGUACCGUUCAAGGUCUUCAGGCCUGGUACUACCGUAUGAACCAACGCAUACCUGUCUGGGACCAAGAUGGCUGGCUCUGCUUCGACAACGAAGACGAUCUCGAACCUCAACAUGUCAGCAUCAAAUGUCGUGAGCGUGACAGCCAGGACAAGCCCACGGAGCCCCUUGGCAUCGCCCAACGAUACCCAGAACGAGCUAUCCACUACUCCUGGGUUGACGCAGAGACCAAAUUCAAGGCCCGAGAUUGGGCUAGCAAGCGAGGUUUGCAAUACCGCGAGAGGCGAGAGCGUCGUCGAAGAAAGGAGCAGCGACGAUUGAAGUUAUGA